ACGAGUGUUGAAAACACAUUACCGUGCUCGAUCCCUUGUGACAACCACUCAACACCAACCAUGGGUAUCAGUCACAAGUACGUGGACCCCGAGAUCGCUAACUCUAAGGAUGCAAUCCUUAAGGCCACGUCCAGCGCCAAGCGGAUGGUCGGGUACUCGGUAUUGGUGGGCAGUAUGGGUGUGCUGGCGGUCAGUGGUAUACUCCUCGGACUCCAUUUCAGUGGCAACCUCGACAAACUGGACGAUCACGAAGAAGAACUGGUGGAGAUAAACACAGGAGCCCAUGUUGGUGCCAAUAUCCCACACCAAAUAAUUACAGACGACGAUAUUUCGCUACCGGAGGUGGGACCGCAAUCUGAACACCUCGAGGAUGAUUUAUUGGUGUCUCCACUGGGCCAUGCUGAUACUGAACCUGAACCUUACCCAGAAUCAGAGGAGGAGGAGUACGAGGAGCAUGAACCCGACAGUCACGUGACUAGUGGCAGCAGCGAAGAUCUUGGAAGCGAGGAUGAUAGUGAUGUUGAAGAUCAUAGCUUGAGUAGCGAAGAUGAUGAUGAAAGCAGCAAUGAAGAAGAUUCCAGCAAUGACAACGAGCAUAGUGACGUCACUGACAGCAGUGAUGGCAAUGAUGAUGAAAGCAAUGUCAGCAGAGACGACAGUCAAGAUGACAGUAAUGAAAGCAGUGCCGAUAUUAGCGACGAAUUGAGUAAUGUCGACAGCAACGACAGUGGUGAUGUAAGUGGCGGUACUGACAGUAAAGAAAGCAAAGAUAGUCAGGAUGAUGACAGCAACGAAAGCAAUGAUGACAGUGGUGAUGAUGAUGAAAGCAGCAAAGACGAUGAUGAUGAUAGCAAAAAUAGCGAUGAUGAAGACAGCAAACAAAGUAAUAAUGACAAUAGUGAUCAAGACAGCAAUGAAAGCAACGGUGACAGUAGCGAUGAGAACAGCAAACAAAGUAAUGGCGACAGUGAUAAUGAUGAAAGCAACAAUGAGAGUGAUAGUGAAACUAGUAAUAACAAAAGCAAUAGUGAAGAUGGAAGCAACGAAAACAGUGAUGACAGUGGAGAUAGUGAGAGCAAAGACAGUGGUGAUAACAGUAAUGAUAAUGACAGCAACGAAAGUGACAGUGGCGAUGAUGAAAGCAACGAAAGCGACAGUGGCGAUGAUGAAAGCAACGAAAGUGACAGUGGCGAUGCUGAAAGCAACGAAAGCGACAGUGGCGAUGAUGAAAGCAACAGCAGCGACAGUGGUGAUGAAAAAAGUAAUGAAAGCGACAGCAACGAUGACAAAAGCAACAACAGUGAGAGUGGUGAUGAUGAAAGCAAUGAAAGUGACAGCGACGAUGACAAAAGCAACAAAAAUGACAGUGGCGAUGAUGAAAGCAACGAAAGCGACAGUGGCGAUGAUAAAAGCAACGAAAGUGACAGUGGCGAUGAUGAAAGCAACAGCAGCGACAGUGGCGAUGAAAAAAGUAAUGAAAGCGACAGCAACGAUGACAAAAGCAACAACAGUGAGAGUGGUGAUGAUGAAAGCAAUGAAAGUGACAGCGACGAUGACAAAAGCAACAAAAAUGACAGUGGCGAUGAUGAAAGCAACGAAAGCGACAGCGACGAUGACAAAAGCAACAAAAGUGACAGCGGCGAUGAUGAAAGCAACGAAAGUAACAGCGACGAUGACAAAAGCAACAAAAGUGACAGCGACGAUGAUAAAAGCAAUAAAAGUGACAGUGGCGAUGGUGAAGCCAGUGAUGACAGUGGGAAUGAGGACAGCAACGAAAGUGAUGAUGACAGUAACGACAGUGGCAGCAAAAAUAGUGACAGUGGCAGCAAAGAUAGCCAGGACGACAGUAAUGUCAGUGAUAAUAAUGAUAGCAAGAAAAACAGUGGCGACGAUAGCAAUGAGGAUAGUGAUGGCAAUGAUGACGUUAGUAAAGAUGGCAGUGAUGACAAUGAUAGUAAAGACAAUAGUGAAGAUAGUGACAAUGGAAAAAGCAGUGAUGAUUCCAGUAAGAAUGACAGUGAUGAAAAUGAUAGCAAGAAAAGUGGUGACGACGACGACAGUAAUAAUAGUGAAGGAAACAGCAACGAAAAUGAUGACAACGAUUUGAAAGGAGAUAUCAAUAUCGACUCUUUGUUGAAUGAUUUAAUGUCUGACGAUUCGAAUGAUGACGAUAAGAAAGUUGCUGGUUCUAACAAAAUAAAGAGUAAUCGUAACGACGACGAUGACGGCAAAGAAAAAGCGAGUGGUGGCGAUAAUGAUAACUCUGCUGAUGAUGUUGAUGAUGACCAUCAAAACAGCAAUGAAAAUAGCAACGAUGAUGAUGACGAUAAUUCUAAAGAAAAUAGUAAGAAUUCCGAUGACAGCACAAAUUCUAGCGGAAAUGACAAUGAUGAUACGGACAACAGCGAUGAUAAUUCUAAUAAUCAGGAUUCCAAUGAAAGUGGUAAUAACAAAAAUGAUGACAAAUCUGACGAAAGUAAUAAAGAAACUGAUAAUUCAACUGACAGUGACGAUGAUAAAAGUAAUCAAAACGAUGAUGAUUCAACUGACAGUGACGAUGAUAAAAGUAAUCAAAACGAUGAUGAUUCAACUGACAGUGACGAUGAUAAAAGUAAUCAAAACGAUGAUGAUUCAACUGACAGUGACGAUGAUAAAAGUAAUCAAAACGAUGAUGAUUCAACUGACAGUGACGAUGAUAAAAGUAAUCAAAACGAUGAUGAUUCAACUGACAGUGACGAUGAUAAAAGUAAUCAAAACGAUGAUGAUUCAACUAACAGUGACGAUGAUAAAAGUAAUCAAAACGAUGAUGAUUCAACUGACAGUGACGAUGAUAAAAGUAAAGACAACGGUGAAGACAAUGAUGGUGAUGAUGAAAAUAAAAGCGAUGCCAGCAAAGGUGAUAGCAACAAUGGUGACACUGAUAUUGGUGACAGCAAAACGGAUAAGUACGAUGACAAUUUCGACGAUGUGUUUACUGAUUUGCUGAGUGACGUUUUUGUGGUAGAGCCAAAGGGCGAUAUAUUAAAUGAAGAGAGCGGAGUAUUGGGAGACAAUCUCAACACCGGCACAGUGGAUGAUACUGACGCUGCAAGCUCGAGUCUUACUACAGGAUCUGGUGGUAAACAUCUAGACAAUACCGUCAACAACGACUUGUUAGACGAUGCCUCUAGCGUCAGCACCAUUCUCACGAUGCUGUCUCCAAAUGAAGACAGUGAUUUAUUAGGUGAUGCAUUUAACAAUGGUUUGUCGGUAGAUCCGUCAGCACUUAGUCCAGGUGGCAAUGUGAUAGACAGGAUCGGAAUGAGAUUUGAACGAUUAAACGAUGGAAACGAUGACACUUUCGUGGAUACUUAUACCAACAGUGAUGAUUUGAACAACGCCAACGAUAAUUUCGACGAUAACGGCGAUGAUAUAAAUGAUGAUGGCAUUUAUGAUCAGAAUGAUGGUAACAGCAACGAAAACAAUGACGAUCAUAACGAUGAUAACCAUGAUAACAACGAUGAUAGUAAUGAUAAUAACAAUGAUCAAUUUGAUGAUAACAAUGAUAACAACGAUGAUCAAUUCGAUGAUAACAAUGAUAACAACGAUGAUCAAUUUGAUGAUAACAAUGAUAACAACGAUGAC